AUGUCUUCAGUUCACUACAAAUUUAAAGCAACACUAGAAUACAAAACUUUAACUUUUGAUGGCCUCCAUAUAGGCGUGGAUGAAUUAAAAAAGGCAAUAUGCGAUAAAGAAAAUAUUCGAACAGAAUCUUUUGAUUUGUUAAUCACAAAUGCCCACACAAAAAGAGAAUAUACGACGGGGGAAUUGGUCCCAAGAAAUUCUUCUGUGGUAGUUCAGAGAUUGCCGAGAGACAAUGCUUUGAAGUUACCCAAAGUCCAGGAUACAGCAAAUAGCGGGAUUGUUCAACGUUCUGCAGGCGUUUUCCAGUCUUCGACCUACAUUAGUCCGGAUGAUUUUUCGAAGCUUACUGAAGAACAGAGGAUUGCCCAUGUAAAACAAGUUUCUGCAGAGAAAUACAGCGCUGCAAACUACCAAAGACGAGCAAUUGGAAUCAUGUCUGGACCUCCUCCACCGACUUAUGUUUGCAAUCGUUGUGCGCAACCUGGUCAUUGGUACAAAAGCUGUCCAUUGGUAAUUUCACUUCUCUUCUUCCUCCUUUCCACAUUGAUGAUGAGGAAAUCGAGUGAUCGGGGAAUUUUUAAUCAACAAUGGCCUAGAACGGUUUUUCUUGUGUUUUGCCAUUGA